AUGGCUGUUCACUCUCUCCUCCCCCUCUUACUCCUCUCCCUUCUCGCCGCGGUCUCCGCCCACAACAUCACCGACAUUCUCGCCGCCGAUCCCCAGUACAGCGACUUCAACAACUUCCUCUCCCAAACCAAGCUCGCCGACGAGAUCAACACGCGCCAGACAAUCACUGUCCUCGCCCUCACCAACGCCGCAUUCUCCGCCGUCGCCGCCAAGCACUCCCUCUCCGUCGUCAAAAAUCUCCUCAGCCUCCACAUCCUCCUCGACUACUUCGACAACACCAAACUCCACCAAAUCACCAAUGGCACCACGCUCUCGACCACACUCUACCAAACCACCGGCAACGCCAACGGCAACGUUGGAUCCGUCAACAUCACCGACCUUCAAGGCGGCAAAGUCGGGUUCGGCUCCGCGGCUGCCGGCUCCAAGCUCGACUCGACUUACACCAAAUCGGUCAAACAAAUCCCCUACAACAUCUCCGUCAUCGAAAUCAGCGAGCCAAUUAUAGCGCCGGGGAUCCUCGCUGCUCCACCGCCCUCGUCCGAAGUUAACAUUACGGCUCUCAUCGAGAAAGCCGGAUGUAAAACGUUCGCCUCACUCAUCUCCUCUAACGGACUCGUUAAAACGUUUGAGUCAACGGCGGAUAAAGGCUUGACUAUUUUUGCUCCUAAUGAUGAAGCGUUCAAGGCUCGUGGCGUACCUGAUUUGAGCAAGCUCACCAACGCUGAAAUAGUCUCGCUCUUGCAGUACCACGCCACUGCGCAGUACCUUCCGGUUGGAUCUCUCAAAACCACCAAAAACGCUGUCAACACGUUAGCCUCCAACGGUGCCGGGAAAUUCGAAUUCACAGUUUCCGCCGACGGCGACUCUGUCACGCUCCACACCGGCGUCCACAACUCCAGAAUCGCCAACACCAUUCUAGAUUCCACUCCGCUCUCGAUUUACUCCGUGGACAGCGUUCUCCUUCCAACUGAGCUUUUCGCGAAGUCGCCAUCGCCUGCUCCGGCGCCGGAACCGGCUAGCGCCCCUACUCCAUCUCCAGCACCAACUCCUGCGGGAGCGCCUUCCCCGCUUCCGGCGUCGCCUCCGGCUCCUGCCGGAGAGACUCCAGCUGGCGCUCCGGCGGACGCGCCCUCUUCUGCGGCUGAGCAAAGCAAUUCCUCCGGCAAGAGUGACAGUGUUCACGUGAAAGCUUCUGCGGUUCUCACUGUUACAGUGACUGCUUUGUCCGCUUUCGUUAUUUCCACUUAUUUUAUGCAGUUUUAA